AUGACUAGAGAUAUUGCCAAUCAUUUAUUGUUCGAGGUAUCGACCGAAGUUGCCCACAAAGUCGGGGGUAUUUACUCCGUUUUGAAAUCUAAAGCACCAAUUACUGUUGCAGAAUACAGAGAACGUUACACUUUACUUGGUCCUUUGAAUCAUGCUUCUGCCCAAAUCGAAGUUGAAGAAUUGCCUGUUAAAGACCCAAUGAUUAAACAAACUUUGGACUCCAUGUCUGCCAAAGGUAUCAGAUGGUUAUAUGGUAGAUGGUUGAUUGAAGGUGCCCCAAGAGUUUUGUUAUUCGAUAUCUGGUCUGCUGGUCAUUACUUGAAUGAAUGGAAAGCUGAUUUGUGGAAUAUUGCCGGAAUCCCAACCCCUGACCACGAUCUGGAAACUAAUGAUGCCAUCUUGUUGGGUUAUUUGGUUGCUUGGUUCUUGGGUGAAUUGGUCUAUAACGACAGAGAUAGAGCUGUUAUUUGCCAUUGUCACGAAUGGUUGGCCGGUAUUGCUUUACCAUUGUGUAGAAAGAGAAGAAUUGAUUUGACUACCAUCUUCACAACCCAUGCCACUAUCUUGGGUAGAUAUCUUUGUGCUGGUAGUACUGAUUUCUACAACAAUUUGGACAAAUUUGAUGUGGAUGCAGAAGCCGGAAAGAGAGGUAUCUAUCAUCGAUAUUGUAUUGAAAGAUCAGCUACUCAUUCUUGUGAUGUUUUCACUACUGUUUCCCACAUUACUGCUUAUGAAGCUGAACAUUUGUUGAAAAGAAAACCAGACGGUGUCUUGCCAAACGGUUUGAAUGUUGUCAAAUUCCAAGCUGUUCAUGAAUUCCAAAACUUGCAUGCUGUUAAAAAGGAUAAAAUUAACGAAUUUAUUAAAGGACAUUUCUAUGGUAAUUAUGAUUUCGAUUUAGACAAUACCUUGUAUUUCUUUAUUGCUGGUAGAUAUGAAUUUAGAAACAAGGGUUGUGAUUUCUUCAUUGAAGCAUUGGCCAGAUUGAACCAUAAAUUGAAGGAAUCUGGUUCUAAGAUGACUGUUGUUGCAUUUAUCAUUAUGCCAGGUAAAACUCAAUCAUACACUGUUGAAACUUUGAAAGGUCAAGCCGUUAUUAAACAAUUGGAAAACUCUAUUGAAGAAGUUCAAAAGAAAGUUGGUGAUAGAUUAUUUGAAUAUUGUGCAAGAUAUCCAAAUGCCAACCACAAAUCCAAUGAUGAAGUUCCUUCCAUUGAUGAAUUGAUCAAACCAGCUGAUAGAGUUCUUUUGAAGAGACGUAUAUUUGCCUUGAAGAGAGAUGGUUUGCCACCAAUUGUCACUCACAACAUGGUUGAUGAUAGCAACGAUCCAAUUUUAAACCAUAUUAGAAGAGUUCAAUUAUUCAACAGAUCUGAAGAUAGAGUCAAGAUUAUUUUCCAUCCAGAAUUCUUGAAUGCCAAUAACCCAAUCUUGUCCUUGGAUUAUGAUGAAUUUGUUCGUGGUUGUCACUUGGGUGUUUUCCCAUCUUAUUAUGAACCAUGGGGUUACACUCCUGCAGAAUGUACUGUUAUGGGUAUUCCAUCCAUCACUACCAACUUGUCUGGUUUCGGUUGUUACAUGGAAGAUUUGAUUGAAAACACUACUGAUUACGGUAUCUACAUUGUUGAUAGAAGAAUGAAAUCUGUUGAUGAAUCCAUCAACCAAUUGACUGAUUAUAUGUAUGACUUUGUCGGUAAAACCAGACGUCAAAGAAUCAAUCAAAGAAACCGUACUGAAAGAUUGAGUGAUCUUCUCGAUUGGAGAAGAAUUGGUAUUGAAUAUGUCAAGGCCAGAAACUUGGCAUUAAAGAGAGCUUAUCCAGAUUAUGUUGGUGAAAAUAUUGUCGAAUCAAAGGUCAAAUUGACUCGUCCAAUGUCUGUCCCAGGCUCUCCAAGAUCCAUGUUGUUAACCCCUGGUGAUUUGGGUUCAUUGCAAGAAAUGGAAAUGCAAGAAGACGCUGAAUAUUUUGAACUUGGUGAUGGUGAAGAAGAAGCUUGA